UCUGCCCCACCUUGUCUUGCUUCUCUUGACCUAGUGGCAGAACCAUGAUAGAACCUCUUGUUUUAUGUGGAGAGUGACGUUUUGUCCCUGUUGGUCUUCCACUCUCCGGUGUGGCGUCUCUGUUCCCGCCCUUUCGUCUCCUCGUUAUUGUUUGUUAAUUAGUUCAUGCCCCGCACCUGCUUCCUCUUGAUUUGUCCCCUUUAUAAUGCCCUUGUGUCUUCUGUCUCGUGCUGGAUCAUUGUUCUGUUGCGUCGUGUUUGUCUUCGUGGACACCCACAGACUCACAGUGACACGAUCAAGUUUAUUAUGGAUGUCCUUUUUCCAGAGUCCAUCAUCUGUUCCCUUGCUGGUUUGGAAAAUCUCACCAUGCUGGAGGCUGAGGAGAAAUUUCUACAAGUCAUUGACAUAAGUGAGCGGGAGCAGUUUGACCGAGGAUUAAGAACAUUUUGAAGAAGAGUGAGUCAUUAUCCCCAUAGGAGUCAUUAUCGC